GGGAGAAGGGAGGUAUAUAAGCCACCUGUUGUGUCUUCUUGACAUCACAAACGACACUCGCCUCCUCCUCCAUCAUGGCUUCUAAGGUACUGUUCCUCGCUGCCCUUGUGGCCGCCGCCGUGGCCAGACCAGAGUCUCCACCAAGCCUGGGGUAUAGUCAACCUGCCCCCAUCGUGUACGAGCCGGUGGGUCCCGCUCAGUACGACUUCAACUACGCUGUGAAGGACGAUUACGCUGGCAACGACUUCGGCCACCAGGAGACCCGGGACGGCUACAACACCCAGGGCUCUUACUACGUGCAACUUCCCGACGGUCGCUUACAGACAGUGACCUACUACGUUGAUGGUGACUCCGGCUACGUAGCUAAGGUCGACUUCCAAGGCGAGGCACAGUACCCAGCUUACCAACCCGCCCCCAGCUACCAACCCGCACCACAACCCCAACCCAUAUAUGGAUAAUUUAACGAACAAAUAUCAAUAGCUUUAGGCUGAAACAUAACUCUAUGAUUUAUGAUAGUACUCCUGUUAUGACGUUUUAAAUGAAAAAAAUAAUAAAACUUUCAGUUAA